AUGUCGGCGGCAGAGCCUUGGCGGUUCUUCUGCACCGCGGGCCGCGGGCUGGAGCCCUUCCUGGCGCGGGAGGUGCGGGCGCGGCUCGGCGCCACCGAGGUGGACUCCGUCUCGGGAAAAGUGUUCUUCAGGGCGGCGGCGGGGCCCGCAGAGCUGCGGCAGCUGCGGUCGGCGGAGCGCCUGUUCCUGCUGCUGAAGAAGCACAGCCCGCUGCCGGUGUCCGGGAACAGAGGGAAAAUGCUUCAUGAGAUUAAAAGCCUUGUCAUUGAGGACCCGAAAUACUGGCUGGAUAUUGUCUCUGUUUGGAGAAAGCUUCAUGGACACAAGGGGAAAACAGAUGAUGGCUCUAUAGAAAAUGCAUUGGCUCUGAAGAGAAAGUCAGAAGAAGAGACAAAUACUGCAAGUAAGAGGCAAAAGACAAAACAAGUGAGGACAGCUGUGUCUGAGGAGUGUCAGGUGGGAGCUGGAGAGACCUGUGAGGCACUAGCCAGAAUGAGCAGGCAGGAGUGCUGGACUGAGAGCAGGACUUGCUCAGAAUUGCCUUCCAUGGGCAGUGCAGAGGAUCCUGCUGCCCCUGAGGAGCUUGGCUUCAGCUUCAGGGUGUCGUGUCGCUGCAGUGGAGCCAUUGCCAGAACACUGACUUCACAGGAGGUCGGCAGAGCCCUUGGCACAGCCCUGGUGAAGCAGUGUGGGUGGCGAGCUGAUCUGCGGGACCCUGACCUGGAGAUCUUUGUACAUCUCAAUGACAUUCACUCUGUGGUGGGGAUUCCUCUUUUCAGGCUUCCAUUGGCAAACAGAGAGUACAUCAGAACAGCAGGACUGCGGUCAACAGUGGCAUGGGCCAUGGCAUCUCUGGCUGAAAUCAGGGCUGGUGCCCUUGUGCUGGAUCCCAUGUGUGGGCUAGGAACCAUCCUGCUGGAGGCUGCCAAGGAGUGGCCUGACGCCUGGUACUGGGGUGCUGAUAUAAGUGACUCACAGUUAGAGGGUGCAGAUGGCAAUAUCAGAGCUGCAGGCCUGGUGGAUAAGAUUGAGCUGCUGAAAGCUUCUGUGAAAGCGCUGCCAUUGCCUUCAGAAAGCUUUGACAGCGUUAUUUCGGAUAUUCCAUUUGGGAAGAAGUUCAAGACCACGAGAGAUGCCCAGCUCCUACCAGAUCUUCUCCAGGAAAUGGAGAGAGUGCUUCGAGUUGGAGGGACCCUGGUGUUGCUGCUGAGCCAGGAGCUCCACAGACGCAUGGAUGGUUUGACCAGCAGUGCUGGAUGUGACCCUGCUGAGGCCUCUGCUGACGGUGACACUGGAGCAGCUCCUGCACAGGCCGUGGAUGGUUUGACCAGGAGUGCUGGACGUGACCCUGCUGAGGCCUCUGCUGACAGUGACACUGGAGCAGCUCCUGCACAGGCCAUGGAUGGUUUGACCAGCAGUGCUGGAGGUGACCCUGCUGAUGGUGACAGCAGAGCAGCCCCUAGUGUGGAUGGGAAUUCCUCCUCCUUGGCCCAGGGGCGUGCAGAACCUGUUCUCAGCAGACAUUUUGGGUCCCUGCUGCCAGAGGGUGUCUAUGCUGUUAGCCUGGGCAAGACUGAUGCUUUCAUCCACAAAUACAGGAAGGUGUCUGGGCCUGGGAGCUCUCCCAGGACUGGGACACUCCCUGGAGCUGGGAACUCUCUGGGCCUGGGCUGAAGGGAACUGGAAAGCUUUGGGAGCAGCAGGGCAGGACUCGGUGGGGCUCUGCUGAUGCAGACACACCCACUGCCAUCCCUUAGAUUGCCUCACCUUCCUGGCAUGUCCUAAGGCACUGUGCUGUUGUGUCUCUGGUUUUCAGGAGAGGUGGAAUGUGACCGUGUUCACAGGGGUCUGAGGAUGAGGGAAGAGACGAGGAUCUGACUCCAUGUUUCAGAAGGCUGAUUUAUUAUUUUAUGGUAUAUAUUAUAUUAAAACUAUACUAAGAGAAUGGAAGAAAGGAUUUCAUCAGAAGGCCGGCUAAGAAUAGAAAAAGAAGGAAUGGUAACAAAGGCUUGUGGCUCGGACAGAGAGUCCCAGCCAGCUGACUGUGAUUGGCCAUUAAUUAGAAACAACUCUAUGAGACCAAUCACAGAUGCACCUGUUGCAUUCCACAACAGCAGAUAACCAUUGUUUACAUUUUGUUCCUGAGGCCUCCCAGCUUCUCAGGAGGAAAAAUCCUAAGGAAAGGAUUUUUCAUAGAAGAUGUGUGUGACAGUGGAAGAUGCCAGUUCUGCUGUAUUGGAUAAAGUGUAUUGCAGUGUGGCAGAGUCCUCAAAUCCUUGUUUAGGCAAAGCUGCUCAGUAUUGGGAGGAGUUUCUGUAGGAGAGAAAGUCUUGAUUUGCAGAACUGCAAACCCAGAUGUGGUAGCCCAUGAUCUUUGGGCUGUGCACUCCAUCUAUUCAUUUCUAAGUAAUAUUUAAGCUACAAGUUUGUCUAUUCUAGUUAUUCUUCGGGUUCUAGUUAUUGUUUGGGUUGUUCUUAGGUGGAGGAUAGGCGAGCCCCCUGAGAUGCUGAGCAGGAAGGGAGGCUGAAGGAGAAGCAGCAGCACUGACAGCUGGAGUUGCAGCCAGUCCCAGGCCCUGGACACCAGCUCUGUUUUGUGUGUCCUGGGUCCUCCCUGCCCUGCCUGUCCCCCUCCCUCCUGCACUUUUGGGACACCUUUUUCUCUCCCCUGUACCUUUUCUUUUCUCUUGGUUCUUCUGUCCCAUCAAAAUAGGGCUUUUAGAACUGUACCAGCAUUAAAGAAAGGGCCCAAGGCAAUAGUGAAAGCACUCCCUCCUUUGGGUUUUAGCGUCCUUUGUACAAAGGCUGAGAUACCAAAAACCAAAAAUCAUUGCACAUUUUCUGUGAGAACUAAACAUAAAGACUUCUCACUGCUUUCCUAAGCCAUGCAGGAACACUGGAGGCCUUUUGGGAAGGGAAAAUUAUGAUAAAAUACAUUUCUGUAUGUUUCUGUGUCAAGCUUUUGACUGAAGAUCACCUUAAAGAGCAGAGUUUUGUUUAAUAAUGUUAUUUUGUUGACUUCAACACUGUUUCUCUCAAAUGUUUUUACUGAGAAAAGUAUAAAAUAGGACUAUAUUUGCAUUUUCAAACAUAUUUUUGUCCUUAAGUAUCUUGUAGUUAUUAAUGUGUAUUUUUGCAGAUGUGCAGUCUGUGAUAAAGAUAGCUUUCCUGCUUGACUUGGUGGCAAUGAUUUGUAAGAAGUUUAUAAACAUGCUGGGGUCUGCUCCAGGGAAAGACUCUCGUAUCCUUGUCGUCGGGCUCGGUGCUGUCCAAGAA